AUGCUUUAUAACAAAUUAAACGUGAUUGGGACAGUGAUUUUGCUGACAUCGUGUUCAGACUGCGUGUAUGGGGGAGACAGCUGCUACACGAGUUAUCUGAAGACUUCGUAUUGCACGUAUGGCUGCUGCUAUAGUUCAUACUCGACCUAUGCGAGCUGCUGUACCCACACACUGUCAGUCGGGUCUUGGGUUGGCAUCGGCGUCGGCACAGCAGUCGUGAUCGGUGUGUGUGUACUGGUGUAUUACCUGUGGAAACGGCGAGUGGCUGCGCGUAGAGCCGCUACAGUAGCAAUCCUUGCACAGGGCGCACAAGCACCCUACCCGCAAUGGCAGCUAACAACAGUGCCUUCUCCAGUGGGAAAUUUGCCGCCUCAAUAUAACCUCUACCCGAACGUACCGACAGUUAGUCCUAACCUCUACCCGAACGUACCGACAGUUAGUCCUAACAUCUACCCGAACGUACCGACAGUUAGUCCAGGCUAUUUGCCGUUUGAGCCACCUAUGCCACAGUCUCCGGCACAGAAUGAUCCCAAGGCGAGCCGCAAGAGGAGACGCAUUCUGAAAGGCAUUGUAACUGCCUUGACAUGGAUUUAGUAUCGUUCUCCGAGUAAUAUUAAUAUA